UGCAGUCAGUCGAAGGCAUUUGGGGUAGAACGAGCGCACCUUGUUUAUCAAAUGUGGACAUUCACUAAAUGUCGUGGCUUCUUGUCUUUCGCGUGAAGACAAAUUUUUAUUUUGUUUAAUUAUAAAACCAGAAAAUUAAUUAAUUAAUUAAUUAAAAGAUGUAUUUUAAUCGUAAAUGGAAUUUUUUAUGUUCGUCAUGUCUUUAUUUCGCGAUUGUAACUGUAACAGCUCAAAUUUGUCCACAACCUGCGAUACCAUUAUACGCGACGGUGGCACUUUCUAACGAAAAUAUAACAGCAGGGACCGCUGCUACUUAUACGUGUGAUGAUGGCUAUCAAUUAUUUGGCCAAAGCAGCAUGACUUGUGGAGCUGAUGGUAAAUGGUCUGGUGAACUUCCGUAUUGUGCUCAAAUUUGUCCACAACCUGCGAUACCAUUAUACGCGACGGUGGCACUUUCUAACGAAAAUAUAACAGCAGGGACCGCUGCUACUUAUACGUGUGAUGAUGGCUAUCAAUUAUUUGGUCAAACAGUAGAAUUUGGUUGGUUCCCUUCUACCAAGUUGUUGGGUGGAGAACUUCAUCUUAUCGGAUUCAAACCCGGAUCCACCGCAAAAAAUCAUGGGAAAAUCGGAUUCGAAUCUGUCUCAGACUUCUCCCCAUAA